CGGACUUUUCUGGACGCGACGACGUGGCCGCGCGAUUCGCGUUCCGAGGAACGGUCGCGCGCGAUAAUCGACGCGAGCUCGCGAAACCGGUCCGCCGAUGAGCGGAUCAACAUCGUAGCGACGCACCAGUUCACACCAGUUGAUCCGUAAAAUCGACGAUAGGAUUGGAAACUGACGACUAUAAUCGCAUGAGAUUUCCCGCGAAAAUCUGGUGCGGCCCGUUAAGGUUAUGUUUGUCGGUCUGGGGUAAUUUCAGAAGUGCGCGUUUUUGAGCGUAUACUCGUGGGAUUAACGAAACAAGGCCGAAAUUUAAACCUCUUGCAUUGCGCAUUAAUUUCCUCGUGCAACAUGACUUCGUUCGUAGCGGAUGUAUUGGCUACGGCAGGUAAACUUGAAAAAGUGAAUCUUCAUAAAAGCAUUGCCGAGAUACAGAAAGAAAUAACGAAAUUGGAAUAUGAAGUUAAAGAUUUCAUGGACGAUAACUAUGUUGAAUUCAGUGCAAAGUUGACGAGAGAUGUACACUUGGUUAAAAAGACGGAGCAGUUACUGGAGGAGAUAGGCAUUUUGCAGAGCAGAAUAAAUGACCAAAUCAAAAUAGAGUUGUCCGGUUCGACAAAGGAAUUGAAGACUCUCUCCCAAGCAUUGAAAGAGUCCAACAUCAGUCUGCAACUGUCUAAUCAGUUGAUAAGCCUACACAAGUGUAUAAAGUCUAUAAAACAGACGCAAGAGGAAAAGCAGUAUAUUGAGACUGCUAAAACUCUGCAAGAAAUGCAAUCGCUGCUGCAUAAUCCUCAUAGUUUUCUACAUGAUCUUGAAAUAUACACAGCGAUCAUGGAUGAAUAUUGCAAUCUCUCUCGCUCAUGUUUAAUGGAGGCUUCCAAUCUCUUGCAUGAACGAAUCUGCUGGAGCAGCAACGUGAAGGAGGACAAGACAGUUAACUAUAUUACUAUUAAAAACGAUUACGAUGACAUACAGGAAUUAAUGCAAGGAUUGCACAUUAUGGAUCAUCUUGAAAACGAGUUAGAAGUAUUUUCCACAAAAUUGAUGGACUAUAUAAUUAAACCUAUCAUGUAUGAUCACUGUUCUGUGUAUGUAGUCAAAGAGAGAGUGUUCACUGUCGAGAUACUAGAGAAGAAAAAAUUGCCAUGUUACAAAGGUGUGCUGUACAAUUUAAAACUGCUCUUCAAAUUUCUCCAUCAAUUUUUAAAUCUGAUAGUCGUGGAUAAUGAAAUCUUUUUGAGGAGAUUACAGCCACAUUUGUUGGAACAAUUGUCGCGUCCUUUAAUAGCGGAUUGUAUCUCUCACACCAUUCCAACUUCUAAUGCAGAUCUCAAGAACUUUGAACCCGUGGUUGAGAUAAUAAACGAGUUUCAAAAUUACUUGGUAGAAAUUGGAUUUCUUUCUGAGGACCAGCUCUUUUUAUCAGAAUACACGGACAACAUUGACAAACUCUUCAUUAAUAGGAUAUGUCAAGAUUUACUAGCUAAAGCUAGAAAUAUAAUGAGAAAGGAUCUACAUGAUUCUAUUCGAUAUGAGUCGCAGGAACCGCCUAAACUUAUAAACAAAGCGUUCGAGAAUGACUGCGAAUUAUCUGUUGAAAAGAAGUUAAGUGAUAUGUCAUUUCAUCUACCAAAAUGUCAAAUAAGCAAAAACGCACAAGAAACGUUAGAAUUGGCGAGAACAAUAUUGAACGAAGCAUGUGACAGUUCGGAUGCUUGCGCUAUUAGAUUAUUUUAUACAUGUAGAAAUGUAUUCGAAAUGUACGCCGGUUUGGUGCCCGAACAUCAUAAAAAAUUCUUAGAAACAAUACCGCAACAAGUUGCUUUGUUUCACAAUAAUUGUAUGUAUCUCGCCCACCAUCUGCUUACAUUGGCGCACGAAUACAGAGAUAGAUUCUCGAAAAUUGUACAAAAAUUGAACUUGACAUUCGCGGAUCAGGUCACGAUACUCCGGGACGUUGGCUCGCAAUGCUUCCUAGAUCACAUGAAGUAUCAAAGAAAUAUCAUCUUCGAUAUCAUCAAGGACUCUGGUUUCUCAGAAUUGAGCCAGGCGCCUCGGUUACACCCCAGUACCGAGCGUGCGUUAAGACAAUGUAUCAGACAAUUGGAAUUAUUGAAGACCGUUUGGCUGGAUGUGUUGCCUAUAAAUAUCUACUGUAAAGCCGUUGGAUGCAUAACAAAUUCCAUGAUUGACGAUUUGAUAACGAAAGUCGUAUCUGCUGAAGAUAUUCCUAUCGAUGUCGCAUCAGAACUGACGACUUUAUUUAAUAUGGUGGUAAAACGAACGCCGCAGAUAUUUCCUGAUCAACAGAUUCAACAGCAUGUACGUAAAUGGGGAAAGUUUUUGGAAUUAAUCAAGUUACUUGGUGCAUCACUGAAAGAAAUUGAAGUUAGAUGGGGAAAUGGGAAAGGGCCGUUGGCACAGGAAUUUACUGCUCCACAGGUCAAACAACUGAUCCGGGCAAUAUUUCAGAAUACGGAUAGAAGAUCUAAUCUCUUAGCUACUAUAAGAUAAGAAUGUAAAAAAUAUGUACAACUUGAAAUACAUAUAAAGAAAAUAACGAAUGAAUAAUUAAAUAUGUAUCACACGUGCAUUCCAUAUUAAAAGCAAAUAUACAAAAUAGCCUAAGAUAAUUGAUUAGAGAGAUGUUCUCUCUCAAGUAAUUUUAUAUACUUUUAUAUGAAGGAAAUAUAUGUAUUAAAAAUAAA